AUGGUCCUGUACCUUAGAGCAGUUAAGGAGAUACUAUCCAACUUCAUUGACUUUGAGAUAUCUCAAGUUCCCAGCGCUCUCAAUGCUUGGACAAAUGCCCUCGAGCAUCCCAGCAUCUCGAAGCCUCCAAAGACGAUCAUGCAAACUGAGGUGCCUGUGAGGCCCAUCGGCUACCUUUUUGGUGUGCCUCUCUCCUUUGUGAUAGAUAACAACACUCAGUUUGAUAGAGGAGGCUUCCGAAGCUUUUGUGAAGAGUGCAACAUCUGCCUUAAGUUCUCUUCGGUCGCCCACCCUAAUUGCAAUGGACUAGCCGAAGCUGCUAACAAAUGCAUUCUCAAUGCUCUAAAGAAGAAGGUGGACGAGGAUGUUGGAAAUGGGGUCGAAGAGCUACCAAGUAUUUUGUGGCCUUACCACACGACUCACAAGAACUUUACAGGGGAAACCCCCUUCAAGCUAACCUAUAGGGCCGGGGCGGUUACCCUAGUAGAAGUCAGCAUACCAAAAAUCCAACUACAACUCUUUGAUGAGGAUUUGAAUUCAGAAGGGAUUCGAGUCGGGCUCGACCUCCUAGACGAAGUUUGA